CUCUCUCUGUUGUAAAAUAGACACAAAAGCAAACACAAUAUUCUCUGUUUUUCGUUAACUCUGUUUCUCGUCAAGGUUUUCAUUUUGUUCUCUGUUUUGGCAAAAAAAAAAACGUGUGAACAAAGAGAUGGACUUUGACGAGGAGCUCAAUCUUUGCAUCACUAAAGGUAAAAAUAUCGAUCCUUCUUUUGAAGAAGCUUCUUCCACGACGUCCUCAAGAUCUAUCAAGAAGAUGAGAGAUACUGAUCAUCGACCUAAACCCUAUUUCCCAUUCUCCUCUUUUUCAUCUUCUGAUCUCUCGGUGGGUUUCCCAUUUACUCUAGAUCCAACCAUUCGACAUCAACAACAGCAGCACUUCGGAUACGUUCAACAACGCGACCAGACAAUGCAAGGCCAGAAUCAAAUGAUCUCGUUUAGCCCUCAACAGCCGGAGCAGCAGUAUAUGACCAAGUAUUGGAGCGACACGUUUAAUCAAAGCCCAAGAAUGAACCAAGAAAGUGUUCAGCCGUACAGCGCAACCAAGCUGUACAGAGGAGUAAGACAACGUCAAUGGGGAAAAUGGGUAGCAGAGAUACGUAAGCCACGGAGCAGAGCACGUCUCUGGCUUGGUACCUUUGAUACAGCUGAAGAAGCUGCCAUGGCCUAUGACCGUCAAGCUUUUAUAUUGAGGGGUCAUAAUGCCACACUUAAUUUUCCGGAGCAUUAUGCGAAUAGGGAAGUUGAGUUGCAUGAUUCAACUGGCUCGUUGGAUCAGAAACAACCCGAGGUGCCGCAGUUAAACGAGGUUAACUUGGAGGGCAAGGACGAAGCAGUGAGUGAUUGUGGUGUAGAGGAUGGGAUGGCCGAGGCGUGGUUAAAUGCAGUUACAUCGGGAUGGGGCCCUGAAAGUCCUCUUUGGGAUGAUUUGGAUAGCUCUCAUUUUCCACAAUGCUCUUCUUCUUCCUCUGCUUCUUGUCCCAUGAGACCUUACUUUUAAAUAAGGUCAUAAUGCGCUCACGUUUUAUGUUUUAGAUUAGGGUUUCGGUCAUUUGAAUUUGGAUGGAGACAGUUUUUUGUGAUCUCCCACUCCAUACGUCAGUCUAUUUAUAUCUACCAGACUGUAUUUCCCCUAACUUUUCCAUUAGUAUAUUGUUCAUCAUUUCAAGUGACGUUUAGUUUUUUGUGACGCGCGUGA